AUGCAGCUCACCCAGCAGCUCGGCCUCAUGGCCCUCGCAAGCACGGCCUCGGCCUUUGUCGUCGACGUUUUUUCGGGCGAGCGCUGCACCGGCCAGUCGCAGAAUGUCAAUGUCUAUGACAACACCUGCGCGGCCUGGAUGAUCGGCUACCGGUCAUUCAGGGUCAAGACGUACGGGUCCACGCCGCAACGCGCGUACUUCUGCACCGGAGGGGCGUGCAACAACUGCAACAGUUGGUGGGCUGGCGGAAGCGAUCAGUUUCUCAGAAACACGUGCAUCAGCCUGGGUAGUAACCUACACUGGUCGGCAGGAUCGUUCAGGGGCCUCCCGCACAAAAGGGACGAGAUCCCGUCGGACGCCGACCUCGUCUUCGGAGAGUUUACUGAGGCCGACUUCGACAGUAGCACCGACUACCUUCACGUCGAAUGGACCCCCACAGGCACGGAAGACGAGGAUGCCCAGGAGCAGUGA